GUCACGAUUUAGCAGCUAGAGCAGGCGACCGGUUGCCCUGUGUGUCGUCCGCGCUUUGUUUGGCCUGCCGCCAUUGCUUCGGCGGCGACUCCCUCCCGCGUGGCCGCGCAGCGGCCGCGCCCAGGGAAAGGUAGCGGCGCCGGCGGCCGUGUUUUGGCCGAUGGGUGUGGUGUGUCGGCCAGCCCUCGAAGUGAUUGCCGGGCCGUUGGUCGAAUGCGGGUCGGGCGCAAAACGGCGCCGGCAGAAGUUGCAGAUGGCCACGACACAGAGACUACGCGCCUCGAAAAAUAUCUGAAGCGGCCGGCAUGGAUGCCCCAGCAAGGGGGGGCGCGUAGCGAAAAGAGCUGGCCCGCCGAAGCGCGGGCGCUAGGCGGGCGCGUUGUUUGCC